UUCUGAAUUUCUAUAUUGCAAUUUAUAAUCACUUGUAUCGUCUAAGCUGAACUGUAAUCGAAUCCGAUGUUCGUCUUUUUGGGAUUCAGAGUUGUCUAGCAGUUCCAGAUUUAACACCAUAUUAAGAUUGAUGAGGUUUUAUGGAGUUUUUGUUGUCUCGAUGGCCUCUUGAUUACCAAUUUUCAAAUUCGUUUUCUUUCCCUUUCGUGUUAUUUCGCGAUAUAUAAUGUUUGAUUAAAUCUAUGGCUUAUUUGUUCUUCCUUUUAGGAGAAAGUGGGCGGAAUUUUGCUGACAGAUAGUGUGUUUCAAGUUACGACGUUUUUUCUUCUACUGCAUAUAGGAAUUGUAAUUGUGUGGAGUCUGAUAUUUACCAGUAUAUGAUAAAUCUUUUGUUUCAAUUUUAAUAUACAAAUGAGAUUAUCUAAGUUUUUCUUCUGUAAUUCUGUUACUUUUUCUGCCAAGUUCAGUUUGUUGAUACGAUUGAAGGUUUCUAAGAUGAUUUAAAUUCCCCAGAAGAGAAGUGAAAAAAUGGAAGCAAAGAGAAGAUUACCAUCAUGGAUGGCUGGUGUAUCAGCGGCUGAUGAAGUGAGUAAACCCCUUGAUUCUGAUGAACACGAUGUCAUAACAAAGGAGGACGUGAAUGUUGUGACCAGAUCUAGAAAGCCCAAGGCAAAAGCUGUUACCCAGAAGCACAAAAAGGAGGUUGGUCUUCCAAGUGAUAGAAAGAGUAUUCUAGUCAAGUGUGGAACAAAGAAAAGAGGGUUUGUUGAGAAAGAUGUGAUUGAGGGUCAUAAGCCUAAGCAAGAAGUCGUCGUUGAGAAGAGAAAGCGUGGAAGGGCUGGGAGGAAAGAUGAAGAACAUGACCCUUCAAGAAAUAAGGAAGAAAAAAGUUACGAGUUUGAAGGCAAUAAUGAAAAUCAAGCUCCAUCUGAUGAUGAAGAGGAUGAGGAUUUGACCGUGGAUGAUCUAUUAAGCAUCGCAAAAGAGUUUGUUGCAAAUAAUGAGAGUGAUAUAGAUCAACAGAAGCCAUCAGAAGGACGAUGCAAAUCUUCAUAUAAUUCUUCCUCUGUGACCACAACUUCUCUCGUUGUCCCCCAAGAUACUAACUCACCCUUGAAAGAAGAAACAGCUUCUCGUCAUGAUUCUAUUGAGAAUACAAGCAAAGUUGCAUUAGCUGAUUCCCGGAUGACAGGGGAUCCAGCACAAGACAUGCUCGAUUUGUUUUUGGGGCCUUUACUGAAGAAACCAAUAGGGAAAGAAGAGACCAUUUCAAUCAAAGAUAUGAUAUUUCCCCAUGAAGUUAAGAAUCAACAAAAUGAUGCUGUUAUUUCCGACAAACCAGUCACCUUGACAAAGAAGAAAAGCAGCCUCAGGGACGCAGUAGCAAUGCUUCUCGACUGAGAUAGCUUUCCAGUUGUUGCUGGUGACAAACAUCAUCUAUUGAUGUUGUUUUAGGGGGAUGGACUUAUUGGGCUUAACGACUCAACGGGCUUAUUCGGACAGACAUCGUGGGUUGUUUACUUGCAGCUUAUGAAAAAAAUGUCAACUUAUUCGCACGGCUCAUAAUGCUCACUUGUCCAGGUUCAGCCAAUAAAAUUACCUCUCCUACCCCUCAAUUAAAAAACAUGCAACCUCGACCUCUGUAUGACGCCUCUCUCUUCUCGCCUCAUACCCUUGCUGCUCCAGUACCGGACGACCUCUCUUCCGGCGACUUUCAAGCCACGAUGAUCUCAGAUAUCGAUUUCUAUGGAUUUCAUGGCUUCUAUUUUAUGGAUUUCAUUUCAUGACCUUAGGGAUCGAUUUCUAUGGAUGGUGCGUGUUUGGGUUUGAAAAGAUUGCAUGGUAAUGGGACAGGGAUGCAUUGACUCAGCUGUUAGAUGUGCGGUUUUUUGGAGAUAUUGAGGACCAGUAUUCAAUCUUUUAAGAUUUUCGUUAGGUUGAAGUUUAUGCCAUUUUCAAUUGACUCCUUGGGUGAAAGGGUUUGAAAAGGAGAUUUAUGGUUUUCUGUUAUCAUGGUUCUUGUUGGACAUGUUUAUGUCUUUUGGUAUUGCUGUGGAUGCUUGGGUGGCUAUGGUGGAUUCCAAGAAAGAAUGGAAGGGAAGUUAUCAAAGAAGCUUGUUGAUGGUGCAUCCUGCCAUCAAUCUCAAGUGUUUAGAAGGUAUUCUUUGUGGGUCAUUUGCAAGAUGGGUGUUGUUACAAUCCUUUGGCAAGUUGUUUGCUUCUGCUUUCCAGUCUUUUAUGGAGGUUUAUUUUAUGUGAAGUCCAUGGAUGCUAAUUCUAGUGGACAGCCUUUUGGUGGAAGAGAGCUUGAAGUCUUGCUCGAAUACGUUAGAUGAUACUCAAGUUUCUAUGGAUUUCAUGCCCUGAGGUCUCGAUUUCUAUGGAUUUCAUGACCUUUAAUUCGGUCUUUGAGGACUACGAUUCUUUCAUAUCAGGGCUUGUGUGCUAGACUAUUCGAGGGUGGUAUGUGCACGGGUAUUAGAGCCUAUGAACUGAGCCUUUUGUGGUCAUUCACGAAGAGACCAAUAUGGCAAUAUAUAUUGCUACUUUGUAUGAUGGAAUUGUAAAGGAUUUGGUCUCAAAUGUACUUUUAAGAAUUGUGUUUGAACUUGGAAUGAUUAAAGUAUUCUGAGAAUUGUGUUUGAACUCGAAUUUGAUA